AUGGCAGGUGUGGUGUACCCCAGGCAGGCCCCUGUGGAUUUAGACAUGUACCAAAGCUCCUACAUGGUCAACUAUAAACUGUAUGGGAAGCACAAGUACUCCAGAGUCACACCACGAGAGCAAGUGAAGGUGGAGACCCAACUUCGGGAAAAAGAGUUUUAUAAGUUCAUACCCAGCCCCAACCCCAAGCUAGAGGAUGGAUACCCUGCCUUCAAAAGACACUACAUGAAUGCCAAAGACCUGGGACACCCCAGCUUCUUCCCAUCAGUGGAUCAUGUGAGCACAGUGAAGGAUGAAUGUAGGUUCCCCAGCAUCUGCCCUUCCAUGCACCCAGUUUCCCAUGCUCUGUACCUGGCCCAGGGAAACCCGAACCGGGUCCACCGGAGUGCCAACUUUCUGUGCCUCCUGGAGCCAGAGCACCAACAUUCUGCAGAGGAAGGAAAAGGCUACCUUCUAUUGCCUGGCUGCUUCUGUCCUCAUCACUGCACAGUCAAGGUCCCCAUCAUAAACCGAUGGGGCCCUCUACGGCCGUUUUACCAGUAA